AACGGUUAUUACGUCACGAGUGUGCGACAGACAGCCACCUAGCUACGCAGUUGUUUGUUUUAUCGGAUUUGUUGGAAUUUUCCACUACGGAGAUUGUUUACAAUAAAGUCGAGAAGUAAACUUUGGAAUAACGCAAAAUAUACUUGAACAAAACCGGAAUCAAGCUUUCUGAGAUAUAGUUGUCAACUCUCUAGUGUUAAGUGUCGCAGUUCGCCCGUUUUUGUUUCGGACUUUGAGGAGCGGAUGGGGUUAACUCUAAAGUAGCUGUUAGCAUUUUGUGCUCAGAUUACCUGCUGACGCCUUGAGCUGGUUUAGCAUUUCGUAGUUGAGAUGGAGUUACUUGGAGUUGGCGGAGGAACAGGUGGAGUAGUAGUGAGCGGCGGUAACGUUCCAGCUUUUCUUACUAAACUGUGGACCCUCGUGGAAGACCCGGAGACCGACCCUCUUAUCUGCUGGAGUCCGAGUGGAACCAGCUUCCAUGUGUUCGAUCAGGGACGGUUCUCCAAAGAGGUUCUGCCAAAGUUCUUUAAACACAACAACAUGGCUAGCUUCAUACGACAGCUCAACAUGUAUGGUUUCCGUAAGGUGGUGCACAUCGAGCAGGGUGGCUUGGUGAAACCAGAGAAAGAUGACACGGAGUUCCAACAUCCAUUUUUCGUCAGAGGGCAAGAGCAGCUGCUGGAGAACAUCAAACGGAAAGUCACCAAUGUGUCGUCAGUCCGUCAAGAAGAAAUGAAGAUCUCAUCAGAUGAAGUCAGCAAAAUCCUGAGCGACGUCCAGCUGAUGAAAGGAAAACAGGAAACAAUCGACUCCAGGAUCAUCGCCAUGAAACAUGAGAAUGAGGCUUUAUGGAGGGAGGUUGCCAGUCUGAGACAGAAACAUGCUCAGCAACAGAAAGUUGUCAACAAGCUGAUCCAGUUUCUGGUGUCUCUUGUCCACACCAACAGAAUCAUGGGAGUCAAGAGGAAGAUUCCUCUGAUGCUCAAUGAUUCUAGCUCCGCCCACUCUGUGCCGAAGUACAGCCGGCCUUUGACGCUGGAGCACAUUCAGAACGCAGCCGCCAAUCUCCUCCCUGCAGACUCACCGCUGAAUUCUGGACCGAUCAUCUCAGACAUCACAGAGGAAGCCCCGUCCUCCCCAGAAGAUGCAGGCACUGACUGGACUGACCUAGAAGAGAGCCAUUUGGCUUUUAUCAAAGAGGAGCCAUCCAGUCCUGAGGUGGAGGAGUGUCCUGUUCUUGAGGUCGAGCAGGAUUCACCCCCAGCAAAUGUAGACACCCCUCUCUCCCCCACCACCUUCAUCAACUCUAUCCUUCAGGAUGACAUGCAGCCCCCACAGGUCACCUCCUCCACCACCACCACAGCUACCAGCACCAACAACGCAGCAGCCACCCCUAUUGUUGUGAUGAGCCCUGCCUCUACUGGGCCAGUUUAGUCAGCUUCAACCAUCAAAUCACCGGCCCCUGUUGCCAGCUCAAACUCUGCCUCGGUCCCGAGCCCCGCCACACGUCAGCGGAAAUGUCAGACCAUCGCCCGUCUUGACAGGUUACUGUGAAAAUCAGUGGGACAGCAGGAAGAGCUGUUGGCCUCUUGCUUCUGUUAGUUUCUGCUAGGGAGCUGCCGGUUGAUAACCUUUGGAUUACCUAAUACCAUUCUCCUGAUAAACCCACCAGUAGCCUUAACACAGGAACUUUAUCUGCUUAAACAGCUGCCAACAGUAGCUUUUUUCUGCCAACCAACAACUGCAGCAGAAACAUCUCAACAACUACCUUCCCAAAUAUACAGGUCCUUCUCAAAAAAUUAGCAUAUUUUUUUUUUGUGCAGAAGCAAAGAAGAAAUAAUAUGUACACAAUACGUAUCAAAAAGAUAAACGGCAAAUUUAAGUCCAGGUAUAAUUACUUUGUUUUUUCGGAUUGUGGGGCUACCUUGCUAUGACGAUCUCACCCACAUUUAGAUGGUACUCAAUAGUUUUUUGAUUUUUUUUUUCUCCAUGUCCUGUCUGGCAGAGUAUUGUUGUCAGAGUCCCAAGAAGAAGCCCAACAGAUUUACUUUCACAAGUGGAGCAUUACGGUUAUCGCUAUAAUGUUCUGCUUGAUUUAAAAAUCUGCUUUGGGAUUAUCUCAAAUGCAAUAGACUCUGAGACGGAAACAGGCAGAGAAGGAGAUACGAAUAAAGAAAGAAGGAUAAAGGGAAUACUAAAUAACACCCUAGAAGACUGCUUGUACACCUGCAGAAACAGAUAUAUAACAACAGUGUUACUGAAAAUACAUGGUACUAAUAAAUGCAAAAUGUAUUUACUGGCAUAUGCAUCUCAAAAUAGAGUAUUUCUCUAUGUGUGAGUGUGCUUGUGUCUAUAAGGUUUCUCCAUAAGAAUAUUAAAUAGUGGGUUUGAGGAGCCACAGACCUGGCCCCAGGACCUGAGACACAAAGGAGAUUGGAGCCAUAAACAUCCAAAGGCCCCCCAGAGCACAGGAACACUGGGAGGACCACUGCCGGGACACCUGCACCUUCCCCCAGAGGAGAGCCACAGUGCCUGGAACUGCACCAACAAGCCCACGGGCCCUGUCGCAGCCGGCUACGCUGGAGCAAAUCCAGCCAUGGACCCAGAGACCCGAGGGCGCACCAGCCCCUAGCAGAGGCCCGACAGAGCCAGAGGGUCCAGGGCCCGCCAAGCAGCCAUCAGGUGUAAGGUUGCACACACCAAAGCACCCAGCCCCGGAUACAGAGAACCACCAACACACCGGCGGGCAGACACAGCAGCCACCGGCAGGGGCCUUAGAAUGAUCCAGGACGGGGUGCAAAUGCGUACACAUAAAAACACUCACACCCACACCCCUAACAUAAAGACACAACAAUUCACACUCCCCAUACACUCUGUAUCCCCAGGUUCAGGUACCAAUACCCCAGAAGGACAACCAGCCUCUGGACCCAGGAGGUCGUCCCCUUGGUAGCCACGACAGCUACCGAGCUACCAGUCCAGACUAUGCCCGGAUGAUCACGGCCCCCAAUGACCCCUGCUCCUAUCCAGAAAGGGGUCCUCGAACAAAGUAGGAGUGGGCCACCCCAUCCAAACGAGCCCGCCAAC